GUUGUUUCAGUCACUCUGGGUCUAUAUCCACAGUACUAUUCAUAGCACAAGACCCCAGCUUGUCAACAAAAAUAGCCAUUCUUCAUCUUCACUCCAAAUAAUAAUCACCCCCCCUCCCCCUCUUCUCAGUUCCCAGGCCCCAGACAUUUCUAUCUCCGGUUCGGACCCUGGCUUGUUUGUUUGGUAUACUAAGCUCUGCUCAGUGCCCAGCCUACCUCCCGCACUCGUCCCCAUCGUCCCGGCCUCCGCUGUAUUCAAUGGCCCCCGGGAAUACCGAGUUCCCCGAGCAGGAUGCUAGUCCGAACCCCCCCACUGACCGUCCGCAACCGUUUCGCUAUGGGUCGACCCCUUCAUACGAUAGCCCUCAGAGACACCACCGCCGGAAUCCAAUAGUUCGACGUCCCGUCAAGGAAACGCUCAAUGCCCGGUCUGAAUAUACCACGAGUCAAGACGAUGGUACUGCAGAACAUAGGAUCAAUCAAUAUGUGAUAAAGCAGGAAAUCGGCAGAGGUUCAUUUGGCGCAGUGCAUCUGGCCACAGAUCAAUUUGGAAAUGAAUACGCUGUGAAGGAGUUUUCCAAGGCCCGUCUACGGAAGCGUGCACAGUCGCAUCUUUUGCGCAGACCUCGGGGCCCCAAGCGCCCUUCUGAUGGCUUCAACUCCCCUCUGCAUCGCCGUCCUCCAGGCGAGGAGGAGCACAAGGAAAACGCUCUAUACUUGAUCAAGGAAGAGAUCGCCAUCAUGAAAAAGCUGAAUCACAAUAACCUCGUGUCGUUGAUGGAGGUCCUAGAUGACCCCGCGGAGGACUCGUUAUAUAUGGUCAUGGAAAUGUGCAAGAAGGGCGUUAUCAUGAAAGUCGGGCUCGAGGAGAGAGCCGAUCCAUAUGAUGACGACCAGUGCCGAUGUUGGUUCCGUGAUUUGAUUCUGGGAAUCGAAUACCUCCAUGCUCAAGGGAUCGUACACCGAGAUAUCAAGCCGGACAACUGUCUUUUGACGGUUGACGAUGUCCUGAAGGUCGUCGAUUUUGGCGUGUCGGAAAUGUUUGAAAAGGAUUCCAGCAUGUUCACCGCGAAAUCGGCCGGCUCGCCGGCUUUUCUUCCCCCGGAGUUAUGCGUAGUGAAACAUGGGGAUGUCUCUGGAAAGGCGGCGGACAUAUGGUCGAUGGGUGUUACGUUAUAUUGUCUUCGAUACGGCAAGCUGCCCUUCGAGAAGCAGAGCAUUUUCGAGCUGUACGAAGCAAUUAAGAAUGAUCCUGUGGUAUGCGAAGGGGAGACCGAUGGCAACUUCAGAGACUUGAUGACACGGAUUCUGGAGAAGGACCCGGCAAAGAGGAUACAGAUGGAGGAGCUACGAGAACAUCCGUGGGUGACGAAGAAUGGGCUGGACCUUCUGCUAUCAGAGAGUGAAAACACAGCGGAGAUUGUUGGCCUCCCGACGGAAGAAGAGAUGAAUUCAGCCAUUACGAGGACUAUUGGCCAUGUCCUCGCCGUGAUCAAAGCUGUCAAACAUUUCAAGAGGCUCAUCGACCCCAAAAAGGCAGAUUCGCCAAUGCAAAGUAUCUUAGGUCAAGAACACGAGGCCCAUUUCGUUGAGCCUCCCCUUGAAAUGGAGCCAGAGGAAAGCUUUUCGGUUGGCAAUAUGUCGCCGACCAAUAAGAGCCAGAGCCUAAACACAUACAACAGAAAGGCCUGGGAACGAGAUAACGUCUUGAGAGGAUACCAUCAUCGACUCGAAGAUCUAUCUUCCAAUCUGCCGUCAGAUAGUAGUGGGCCAGCCAAUUUUCACGGUAACACCAGCACAACUGCUGCCAACGCCGAGCUCGAGAGGAAGAACUCUGGCUCCCGCCGCAGCAUCAAUGUCGGACGAGGUUCUGUUGACGACACGCAACCAAACUCUACCCCCCAUUCUCCGUCACCUUUCAUUCCACUGUCCCGAGCAAGCUCAGUUACUACCAAGCGUAGUGCUGAGGGGACUCGUGGGCAUGCACGUGAUCCUCUCGAAGAGGAAUUCCCUUUCUUGUGCAUUGGCCCAUCAACCUAUACUGGCUCUUCUGAUAUAGAAGAUGGACACUCAGAAUCCGACCCGAUAUUCGAGGAACCGGAUACUGUAAUAUCAGCUGAGCCUGGUGAGAUGGACGAGGACAUGAUAGUGAGCGAGUCACCAGGCGCCGCUGAGUUCGAUAUUUAUGAGACUGCCUAUCGACAAGAAAUAGAGCGAAUUCGGACACGCACUGUUCCUCGACAAGGUACCAUACCAAAGAUGUACCUGACUCGUCGCGUGGAAGGCAGAGAUGAUGUGAAGAAGUUAGUAGGGCAAGAUACUGCUGAUCUAGCUAUAGGAGCAGGCAGAAAGAACGUUGCCUCAAGCUUAAGCUCCGCAGUCAGCGCGAUUAGACUUCAGCUGGAGCAGCAGCAGAGGCUCAAGGACGCAGAGGCGCAGAAGCUGACCCAUCCAUCGCCAUCAUCUGCGUCGAUUCCAGAACCGACAGCGUCCUUCUCCGUAACUGGCACCACAACCACGCCGCCCGAGGCAUCGAACCCGGACGGUCCUUCAUCUCAGCUACCGACCUUACUUAAUCGUGUCAGAAGCAACCAGGAUACAAUCUGAAAAGAGUCUGGACGUACUAUUAAUGCAAAGAAGAGACGUAGGCCUAGUUGCCCGGAAAAUGUGGGGGGUGCACCCAGUGAUAUCGCCUUUGUUUUGCGAGAUCACUGCGUAUUAUACUCUUUAUAUAAACAUAGGCUUCCAAGGCACCUGUUGAAAUUAUGCCGGCUGGGCAUACAAAGUACCCAAGAUGCAUGUCGG